AUGGCCAUCGGCAAGAACAAACGUCUUACUAAAGGUACCAAAAAGGGUGGCAAAAAGAAAGUUGCUGAUCCUUUUUCCAAAAAAGAUUGGUAUGAUAUUAAAGCACCAGCUAAUUUUGAAACACGUACUAUUGGCCGAACGCUUGUAACACGAACAGCAGGCACAAAAAUUGCUUCAGAUGCUUUGAAAGGUCGUGUAUUUGAAUCAUCACUUGGUGAUUUAAUUAAACUCGAUGAUGAAGAUAGCUAUCGUAAAUUUAAACUUAUUUGUGAAGAUGUACAAGGUCGUCAUUGUUUAACUAAUUUUCAUGGUAUGGAUAUUACAACAGAUCGUCUACGUAUGCUUGUAAAAAAAUGGCAGACAUUAAUUGAAGCUCAAGCUGAUAUUCGUACAUCUGAUGGUUAUCUUUUACGUGUCUUUUGUAUUGGUUUUACGAUGAAAAUGCGCGGCCAAAUUAAGAAAACAUCAUAUGCACAACAUACACAAAUCAAAGCAAUUCGUAAAAAAAUGGUCGAAAUAAUGACACGUGAUAUCGGUGGUAGUGAACUUAAAGAAGUUGUUAACAAACUUAUUCCAAAUAGUAUUGGUUCGGAAAUUGAAAAAGUUUGUCGCGGUAUUUAUCCAUUACAAAAUGUUAACGUUCGAAAAGUAAAAGUACUCAAAAAACCAAAAUUCGAUGUUGCUCGUCUUAUGGAAAUGCAUGGUGAAAGUUAUAGUAGUGUAACUGUCGGUGAAAGUGGUCAACGAGUUGAACGUGCCGAUGGUUAUGAACCACCAGUACAAAGUUCUGUUUAA